CCCAUACGUUUUUCCUACUCCUCUGCUAUCAUGAAUUCGACAGAGUCUGCGGCAACGGGAAUGAACUCACCUACGGCUGGCUGGGUAGCCAUCGUUAUUGCCGCUCUUGGCUUCGGAACCAAUUACCUACCCGUAAAAAAGUUCAAGAUGGGUGAUGGUAUGUUCUUCCAGUGGAUCAUGUGCAACGCCAUCCUACUUGUGGGUGUCAUUGUAAAUUGUGCUGUUGGAUGCCCCAAGUUCUAUCCUCUUGCAAUGUUCGGCGGUGCUUUGUGGGCGACAGGAAAUGCUUUGAUUGUAACCAUCAUCGAAGCUAUUGGCGUGGGCUUGGGAAUCCUUAUCUGGUCAAUGGCGAACAUGCUUUUCGGAUUUGCAAGCAGCCGGUUUGGAUGGUUCGGUAUUCCCUGCAAAAUUCCCUCAAAACCAGUAAUGAAUUAUAUCGGUGUUGGUAUUGCUCUUGGAAGUGUGCUUAUUUAUGCUGCCAUCAAGCCAAGCCAAAAUGAGGAGAAGGAUUCGGACCUCGCAAUGCGAGACAUGCUAAAUGAAAACGUUGAGAACGCGAGCGAGAAAGAUGUGGACAGCAAGGUAGACGUUCAAAACGAGAAAGGUUUUUCGAGGUUUCUCAAACCCAUUGGCCAGAUGCCCAUGGUUCAGCGAAGACUGAUCGGCAUCUUUCUGUCCAUCGGCGCUGGAGCGUUUUUCGGAAAUACUUUCGUUCCAACAAUUUACAUUCAAGGACGAUACCCAAACGCAAGUAGACAGGGGCUAGAUUAUGUGUUCGCCAAUUUUGCUGGCAUAUGGCUCGCCUCCACCACCUACUUUGUCAUCUACGCCUGCGCCAAACGUAAUCAGCCCUGGGUUCCAGCUUCCAGUGCCAUCUUGCCGGCGCUCGUGAGUGGAAUUCUUUGGGCGGCAGCGCAGUCAGCCUGGUUUGUGGCGAACGCAGCCCUUGGCGAACCAAUCACUUUUCCCAUCGUAACCACGGUGCCAGCACUCAUUGCCACCAUUUGUGGUCUGGUAUUCUUCAAGGAGAUCACGGGUCUUCGAAAUUACAUACUCCUUGGAUGUGCGUUUUGCGUAACUGCAGUCGGUGCCAUUCAUGAUAAAUCGACAGCAAUAUUGUCUUAUAUUUUUAGGUUUGGGUGGUUCGGUAUUCCCUGCAAAAUUCCCUCAAAGCCGUUAAUGAACUAUAUCGGCGUGGGUAUUGCUCUUGGAAGGUGA